CCGGCACCACCGUCAGCUCGCGGUCUCCAAGGGUCCGCCCGAGGAGGCCGAGGCUGCGGACGCCGGCGCACAGGCCAUGGCCUCCCCCGGGCUGCCAGAGCCUCCCGCCGAGGGCUCGCCCUGGCCUCUGCGCCUGCUGCGCGCGCCUCCCGGGCUGCUGCGGCUGGACCCCACCGGCGGCGCGCUGUUGCUGCUCAGCCUCGCGGCGCUGCUCGGCUGGCGGUGGUGGCACCGGGCGCGGGGCAUCCCCCCUGGGCCCACGCCCUGGCCCGUGGUUGGCAACUUCGGCUUCGUGCUGCUUCCUCGGUUCCUCCGACGGAAGAGCUGGCUGCACCGCCGGGAGAGGGCCGCGGGAAUGGAGCCCUCGGCCCUGGACCCACGGGUGCUUCUGGCCGACCUCGCCCGCGUGUACGGCAACGUCUUCAGCUUCUUCAUCGGCCACUACCUGGUGGUGGUCCUCAGCGACUUCCACAGCGUGCGCGAGGCGCUGGUGCAGCAGGCCGAGAUCUUUAGCGACCGCCCGCGGGUGCCGCUCGUCUCCCUCGUAACCAAGGAGAAGGGGAUUGUAUUCGCACAUUAUGGUCCUGUCUGGAGACAACAGAGGAAGUUCUCACAUUCAACUCUUCGUCAUUUUGGCUUGGGAAAGCUGAGCUUGGAGCCCAAGAUUAUUGAAGAGUUUAAAUAUGUGAAAGAGGAAAUGCAGAAGCAUGGAGAAGACCCCUUCGACCCUUUCCCCAUUAUCAACAAUGCCGUCUCUAACAUCAUUUGCUCCCUGUGCUUUGGCCAGCGCUUUGACUACACCAAUAGUGAGUUUAAGAAAAUGCUCCAUCUGAUGUCACGAGCCUUAGAAAUCUGUCUGAACACCCAGCUCCUCCUGGUCAACAUAUGCUCCUGGCUUUAUUAUCUUCCCUUUGGACCAUUUAAGGAAUUUAGACAAAUCGAAAAGGAUAUUACCACUUUCCUUAAAAAAAUCAUCAAAGACCAUCGAGAGUCUCUGGAUGUAGAGAACCCUCAGGACUUCAUAGACAUGUACCUUCUCCACGUGGAGGAGGAGAGAAAAAAUAACAGCAAUAGUAGCUUUAAUGAAGAUUACUUAUUUUAUAUCAUUGGUGAUCUCUUCAUUGCUGGAACUGAUACCACAACUAACUCCUUGCUUUGGUGCCUUCUGUAUAUGUCACUGAAUCCCGACGUACAAGAAAAGGUUCAGGAAGAAAUUGAAAGGGUCAUUGGUGCUGACAGAGUCCCUUCCCUCACUGACAAGGCCCAGAUGCCCUACACGGAAGCCACCAUCAUGGAGGUCCAGAGGCUGACGGUGGUGGUGCCGCUUGCCAUUCCUCACAUGACCUCGGAGAAAACAGUGCUCCAAGGAUAUACUAUUCCUAAAGGCACAGUGAUAUUACCCAACUUGUGGUCAGUACACAGAGACCCAGCCAUUUGGGACAAACCAGAUGAUUUCUACCCUAAUCGAUUUCUGGAUGAUCAAGGACAACUUUUUAAAAAAGAAACAUUUAUUCCUUUUGGGAUAGGGAAGCGGGUGUGUAUGGGAGAACAACUGGCCAAGAUGGAAUUAUUUCUGAUGUUCGUGAGCCUAAUGCAGAGUUUCACAUUUGCUUUACCCAAGAAUUCUAAGAAGCCCAUCCUGACUGGAAGAUAUGGUUUAACUGUAGCCCCACACCCAUUUAAUAUAAUCAUUUCAAAGAGAUAAAGAACACAUCCAAGAAGAGAAUGUAGGGGCGCCUGGGUGGCUCAGUCG